CCUUGGGAUAAAAAGAGCAAGAUCACAGACUGAGUCCCAUAUUGUGUGCCAGGAUCCCAGUCAACAUGAUGAUGAUACUGCUUGGGGUACUGCUCCAGUUGGUGGCGGCAACUUGGGCACAGUAUGAUUACUAUUACUCCCAGCAGGACUACACAGAUGGCGAUCAGUGGGUUAACCUUUUUAGGCAAGGAUUUAAUUUCCAGUGCCCUCAUGGACAGGUAGUGGUUGCCAUAAGAAGCACAUAUGGCAAAAAGGAUGGAUCAGAUAGAAGAUGGAAUUAUGGGUGUAUGCCAACCCCUCAUGAACUUGGAGAACCUACUGAAUGUUGGUGGGAAGAUAUAAACCGAGCCGGUCUGGAAUGGUAUCAGACAUGUUCUAAUAAUGGACUGGUAGCUGGAUUCCAGAGUCAGUACUUUGAUGCUGUCUUGGAUAGAGAAUGGCAAUUUUACUGCUGCCGUUACAGUCGAAGAUGCUCUUAUAGUUGCUGGUUGACACAAGACUAUCCAGGACACUAUGGGGAGGAAGUGGAUAUGGUUCUAUAUUCCUACGGCUAUUACAUAAGAGGAGCAACCACAACCUUCUCUGGAGUGGAAAGGGAUCGUCAAUGGAAGUAUAUCCUUUGCAGAAUGACAGAUUUUGACUGUGAAUUUGAAAACUUUUAGAGAAUGCCCAAGUCCAAUGUACGGAUCAAUACUGGUUGUAAAGAAACCGAAUAUGUAUUCUAGUUACUUUGCCUUUGCUUGUAUGAUUUUUGCAGAAGUUACUUGUCCUUUAUAGCUACAAACACAAUUAGGAUUGUCAUCACAGCAGUUGCUUAAAGCUUCACAGUGACAAAAUAAGAUAUAUCCUUAUGCCAAAAGGCACAGCUGAAAAUGUUAUAUUUUUUACUUUACAGCAAAGACUGCUUACAGCUUACCAUGUUAUAUACAUUGUCUGCCUUUCUAGUAUGCUUUAUUGUGUCUAUACAUGUGCUAUUAAAGAGGUUGUCCAGCGGCUGGGGGGUGGUAGGGCUGGGCGGUAUGGCCAAAUAUGUGUACAUUAUCGCAGUAUUUUUGUAACUUAUGGCAGUUCCACGGUAUAUAACAGUAUUCCCCCCCCCCCCCAAGAUUAAUCAUUAGCCCAGCUCUGCGCUGUCCUCAUCGGGGUAAAUACUCACAUAUCACCCGCAAGUGCUGCCCUCCUCGUCCUCCUGCUUGUUGUGGCCCCCGACACUGACACUCUAUAGCUGUAUCCCUAUGCCCCAGCUGCAAAGUAAACAAAAAUAAACUUUAACGCACGUUCCUACGUUGGCCUUACACUCUUCCUGGGGACGUGAACGCAGCGAUGUUCCGCCUUGGCCAGUGAUAGGCUGAGCCCACUGUCAUGUAAGAAGCCGGCUUGUUACAUGACAGUGCGCUCAAUCUAUCACCGGCCGAGGCGUCACAUCGCUGCGGUCGGUGAUAGGCUGAUGGCUCUCCCACGUUCCAUUCCCUAGGAAGCUGGUCCGGACUUACGAAGAAGGCGGGUUAAAGUUUAUUUUGUUUACCUUUUGCAGCCCGGGCAUAGGGAUACAGUGGAGCAGUGGUCUUCAACCUGCAGACCUGGGGACAGCGCUGGGCUGAUAAUUCAUUCAUUCCCGAGGGGGAGGGGCCAAACCGGUAUUGCGGUAUGGGUUAAAAUUCAUAUCGUGCAGCACAAAAAUUUCGGUAUUCGGUAUGAACCGGUAUACCGCCCAGCCCUAGGGGGUGGGUUUCAAAAGUAAACCUAAAAAGUAAAACAAACCUUUACAUACCUGCUGCGAUCCCGCAAAGCCUCCGAUGGCCCGCAGCGAUCCUCUUUCUGAGGAAUCGCUGGUGGGUCUAGACAUCAAUUGUGGCCAGCGAUUCGCUAAGUGGCAGUGUCACACAUUGGACCCUGGUGCUUCCCUGGCCUAACAUGUCAGGAUGCUGCUCAAGAAGACUAUCAGUCCAAAGCAGGACACCAGAGGCAAUGCUGGGGCACAGGAGGGGAGUAAAAGGUUUGUUUUGUCAUAUUCAACAGAUCGGGAAUAUUAUUGAAAAAAAAAAAAAAAAGCAACUGGAUAACCCUUUUAACAUUUGCUUCUGUACAAGACAGAGGGCCUCAAAAGCAUAUACAGUACAAAAAAUUGAAAUUUUUUGUAGGAACCAGUCAGAUUUCAGAUUUUCUUUCCUCCACCAUGUACAAACAUGAAAGCAGUGAUCUGAUUGGUUAGGGAGCUACUUUACGCAUAAGUGAGGCCCAAUGAUUUAUUUUUUACUGUAUGGAAAAACAAUGAUGUUCAAGACCUUUUUCACUUUAUAUUCAGUAGUAUGCAGGAUGGGCAUCCAAAUGCACAAAACUGUAUCAGCUAAAAUAAAAGGCUUUUUCAUAA